AAGUCUGCGCAGACACUUCCGGGUCACGCGACGUUGUUGACCGCGAGUCAUGUGAUGCUAAGAUGGCGGCGCCGCGGUAGCUCUCUCCGGUUUGUGGCAUCGAAGGAGCCGCGACGCUUUCUGCCCUCGGGCCGUGGGGGUGGCAAAGCUUGGCUGACCCCUGCGGCCACGUUAGGCACUCUAUCGGGACUGGGGCUGUUGCAGUAGCGGUGGGUUUCUCGAGUGCUAGUGAUCUUAUUGCAGGUGCCUUGCUCCGGCGGUGCUUGCCGGAGGAAGAGGAGAGAGACCAUCCUCCGCAGUCUUCUGUGUCUGCAGCUUUGCAGUUCACGAGGCCUCCGAGAGGUCCGGAGGAGCUGUACUUCUGAGGGAGCUGCUAAAGUUCGAGUGCUGUAGUGUGAGAGGCAGUCUAGGCUCCCUGGGGCCGCAAAGAAGACCUCAAAGACUUCGCUUCCUCCUUUAGAGGCCUGGCUUUGCUGCAUCGAUUGACCCCGCGUUCUUUCCCACUUCCUCUCAAUGUUCUCUUCCUAUAUCAGGAAAUAUGAUCAGCGCCCCUGAUGUGGUAGCUUUCACCAAAGAAGAUGAGUAUGAGGAAGAGCCUUACAAUGAGCCGUCCCUGCCUGAGGAGUACUCCGUGCCACUCUUCCCCUUCGCCAACCAGGGAACCAACCCGUGGUCUAAGCUGUCCGGGGCCAAGUUCUCGAGGGACUUCAUCCUUAUUUCUGAGUUCUCUGAGCAGGUGGGACCCCAACCCUUGCUGACCAUCCCCAACGACACCAAAGUUUUUGGCACCUUUGAUCUCAAUUACUUCUCUCUGCGGAUCAUGUCUGUGGAUUACCAGGCUUCCUUUGUGGGCCAUCCUCCUGGUUCUGCGUACCCUAAGUUGAACUUUGUGGAGGACUCCAAAGUGGUACUGGGAGACUCCAAGGAAGGAGCCUUUGCAUAUGUGCAUCACCUAACCCUGUAUGACCUAGAGGCCCGAGGUUUUGUGAGGCCCUUCUGUAUGGCUUAUAUCUCAGCAGACCAGCAUAAAAUCAUGCAGCAGUUCCAGGAGCUUUCAGCUGAAUUUUCCAAAGCCUCCGAGUGUUUGAAAUCAGGCAAUAGGAAGGCAUUUGCUGGGGAACUUGAAAAAAAGCUUAAAGACUUGGAUUACACCAGGACAGUCCUGCAUACAGAAACGGAGAUCCAGAAGAAAGCCAAUGAUAAAGGUUUUUACUCAUCUCAGGCAAUUGAAAAGGCUAAUGAACUGGCCAGUGUGGAGAAGUCCAUCAUUGAACAUCAAGACCUGCUGAAGCAGAUCCGCUCAUACCCUCACAGGAAGGUGAAGGGGUCUGAUUUGUGUCCUGGUGAGAUGGAGCACACCCAGGAUCAGGCUGAUCAUGCAUCCACUACCUCUAACCCAGAUGGGUCUGCGGACUCAGACAGUUACACCUGCAGACCAGCGUACACCCCAAAACUCAUCAAAGCAAAGUCCACCAAGUGUUUUGACAAGAAGUUGAAGACCUUGGAGGAGCUCUGUGAUACUGAGUAUUUCACCCAGACCCUGGGCCAGCUCAGCCACAUUGAGCACAUGUUCAGAGGAGAUCUGUGCUACCUCCUAACCAGUCAAAUUGACCGAGCACUUCUAAAACAACAACACAUAACAAACUUCCUCUUUGAAGACUUUGUGGAGGUUGAUGACAGGAUGGUGGAGAAACAAGACAGUGUACCCUCUCAGCCCAGUCAAGACAGGCUACCUUCCAGGUCUCUGGAAGAAUGCCCGAUUCCUAAAGUGUUAAUUAGUGUUGGUUCCUACAAGUCCAGUGUGGAGUCUGUGUUGAUCAAGAUGGAUCAGGAACUUCGAGAUGAGGAGUACAAGGAAGUAGAGGUAACAGAAUCAAGCAGUUUUGAGCCCCAGGAAAACUUGGACUACCUGGAUAUGGACAUGAAAGGGAGCCUCAGCAGUGGUGAAAGCAUUGAAGUUUUGGGCACGGAGAAGUCCACUGCUCUACUGUCAAAGUCUGACAGCCAGGCUAGCCUCACGGUACCAUUGAGUCCCCAGGUGGUCCGAAGCAAAGCAGUCAGCCACAGGACCAUCAGUGAGGACAGUAUUGAAGUCCUGAGCACCUGUCCUUCUGAGGCCCUCAUCCCUGAUGACUUUAAGGCCAGCUACCCAAGUGCCAUUAAUGAGGAAGAAUCCUAUGCAGAGAACGAGGGGGCCAUCCACUUCCAAGUAAGCCUCAGUCCACUGGAGCUGGGUGAGGUGCAGGAGGGUGGCUUGGAAAACACCCCACCCCAGAUAGACUCCUCCUGCUGUAUUGUGAAGGAGAGCAAUGGUCAGCUGGUGCCGCUCCCCACUCCUGCCCACACUCACGCUGAUGAGUACGGCGUGGUGAGCAUUGCCCCACAGCGCUACAGGCAGAAGGACCAAGGCUUCCGUGUGGACUUUGCAGUGGAAAACAUCAAUCCUUCCCAAGACAACAGUUGUGAAGCAUUCCCAGCUUAUGAGUUGGAUCCAAGCCACCUGCUGGCUAGCCGGGAUGUCAGUAAGACUAGCCUGGAUAACUACUCGGACACCACCAGCUACGUGAGCAGUGUGGCCUCCACCAGCUCAGACAGGACCCCCUCCUCUGCUCACCCUGUCAGCCUGUCUUCUGAGAGACAUAAAAAGAAGGCUGGCCAGAAUGCCUUAAAAUUUAUUCGCCAGUAUCCCUUUGCUCACCCGGCCAUCUACUCCCUGCUCAGUGGGAGGACACUUGUGGUUCUAGGAGAAGAUGAGACCAUAGUCAGGAAGCUUGUGACUGCACUGUCCAUCUUUGUUCCCAACUAUGGCCACUAUGCCAAGCCUGUGAAGCACUGGGUCUCUUCUCCUUUGCACAUUAUGGAUUUUCAGAAGUGGAAGCUUAUUGGCCUGCAGAGAGUGGCCUCCCCUGGCAGUGCAGGCACCCUUCAUGCCUUGAGCCGCUACAGCCGCUACACAAGCAUCUUGGACCUGGACAACAAAACCCUGCGCUGUCCCUUGUACAGGGGCAUGCUGGUGCCCCGCCUGGCAGACCACCGCACUCAGAUCAAGCGGGGCAGCACCUAUUACCUGCAUGUGCAGAGCAUGCUCACCCAGCUCUGCUCCAAGGCCUUCCUCUACACCUUCUGCCACCACCUGCACCUGCCUGCCCAUGACAGGGAGACAGAGGAAGUGGUAGCCAGUCGCCAGCUGAGCUUCCUGAAGCUGAACCUGGGCCUAGUGAAUGAGGACAUCAGGGUGGUCCAGUACCUGUCUGAGCUGCUGAAGCUGUACUACAUGCAAGAAUCUCCUGGGACCAGCAACCCCAUGCUCAGGUUUGACUAUGUACCCAGCUUUUUGUACAAAAUCUGAGGUUGGUCCCAGCCAUUGUGACCAAGACCUGUGACUCAGGGUGCAAUGAAGGGAGGGAUUGGCAUGACCAAAAGGUUGCCUGAACUGGACUGUUGAGAUUUCUGAUCUCAUCAGUGAGAAAGAAAUAAGAGCUAAAAGCCCAUUUUUCUCAGUGUCUGGAAGUACAGUAAGUUUUCUUUGGCUCCCUGGUGAAGAAUGGCCCCUGGAUAAGGGAUGUCUUUGGCUUUCUGAGGACCAGCAGCCCAACCAGGAAGAGAAAACCUCAGUCCUUGGGCUGGGAAGAGGUGAGGGGUGGAGCACCCAUAGCCUGGAUGGGAGAAGCACACUGGCCACAUUCAGCAUCACCGGACACUUGGGUGGCAAGAAUCGGCCAGGGAAGCAGCCUUUUAACUGAUGAUAUGAAGGAAAACAGGACGACAGAACAUCUAUUGCCUCAUUCAGACCCCAUGUGGCCCUUUAUUUGGCCUCUUGGAGCCCAUCAUCCCAGGGGAGGCUCCUGAAUAAGAUGGAGAAAGAAGGCUCUGGCUAGCUGAGGAGUGGGAAAAAUACACUUCUAGGCUCCUUGGUUGCAGAGAACAUGAGAGGCCCCCAUUUGGCCUCACCUCCACAGGGAGGGAAGCGCCUGUGAGUGGCCCUUGGAGAAUAUUCCUCAUAGUCAUCCCUAGGCCCAGAUGUGAAACAGGUACCAAAUGGCCAUAGCAAGUGUGAGGGCCACCCUGGGAACUGCAAAUGGAGACAGCCAUGGGGCCACAAGGCUGUCUCCACUGUGCAAAUGAUGAACUGUCAGUUCUGGGGCUGCCCAUGGGCUCCUCCUAGCCAGAGUACAUGCACAUUGAUUGUUCCCUGGGAAGGUCACAUGCCAGGACUUGGCAGACAUCAUAACUCUAGUUGCCACUCACAGCAAACCUUUGCAACCACUUUACUACCUCUCACGGGUUCUUAUGGGCUUGGUGAUAGCAGUUUUCUGUUCAGCUGGCUGGUAUGGAUGGUCAGCCUAGCUGGUAGGAACUGAGAUGGCAGGGACUUCAUCAGCUAGCUCCCAUGGGGCUCUCCUUGUGGAGCUGCCUCUAGGAGGCUGUGCUUACCUGUCCCCAGAGCUCACAACUCUCUGUGCAAGUCCACAGGGUGGGGCUGGAGGUAUGUUUCUCAGUGUUUAGACACAGGCCUGCUCAGAAGAUGAAGGGAGGAGACUGGUGAGGAGUGAACAGAAUAGAGUGCCAUGGAGUGGUCCAAGAAAUAGCAACAGGAGCCUCAUUCUCAAAGUGAUUCUUCAUUAAGAUGCUUUUCCUGAUUAGGGGUUGAACUCCCAAAAUUUAGAUUUUGGUUAUAAACUGUUUCUGUAUGGCAAUUUGAAGGGAUUAUUUAACACAAAGCAUGCUUCCUUUCAAGAGGGCUCUUAAUGGGCCUGGUACUGAGUCAUCACUUGGGCAGAGGCAGUUAAUACUGGAUGCUGUCCUCCCAGCUUCUCCAUUUUGGAGGACUUGAAGCUUCUAGCUAGAUGUUUCACCUUGACAAUGCAGAGACCUAUGCAAUGGGACUAAUCUCUUCAAGAAUUUUCAUCUAUGGUGUUCCUCUAGUAAUGGGCUAAGCAGUUUAAUCAACAUUAAAACACAUUUCCUACAAAGGAAGGGACAUCAACAUUCCUUAUUACUUCUUUACUCCUUUCACUUUGGGGCCCACUACUGAAACUGGCUGUCUUCAGGUUGGUUUCAACUUGACCUCCAACCUGUUCUCUCUUCCCUUAUUUCAUAACAGUCCAGAUGAACCAUCUGAUUAGGUUGACAGUGACAGUUGCAGAGGCUCCAUUUUAGAGAUCAGUCCAUGGCCUCCUUUAACAUGUGGGGUGGGGUAUGCUGGCCUGAGGUGCUGUUUCCUGUUUCAAUAUUUCCCUAGAAAUCUUACUUCUUGGUGGAAUCUUUUUUUGUUUUUUUGAUACCACGGAUUGAACUCAGGACCUUGUGCUUACGAAGGCGCUGGAACUGCUGAGCUAAAUCCCUGGACCUCUUGGUAGAAUCUUUGGAUUUUAAAAAUUGUGACUCUUCCACAACUUACAGCAGUGGUUGAAGUUACACACCUUGCUCCUGGGUUUAGAAAUGGACUGUGAUAGUGAACCUGUCAUUCCUCAUCUUGGUUUUUUUGGGGGUACCAGGGAUUGAACUCAGGACCUUGUGCUUGCGAGGCAGGCACAGUGCCACUAAGCUAAAUCCCCGGCCCUCCCCAUCUUGCUUUUGACCUUUUUCAGAUCAGUUGCUGUAUUUGAAGUAUAGAUUUCAACCCCACGCCAAUUCAGAAGUUCUUCAAAUUUCUUUCUUUCUUUUUUGGUACCGGGGAUUGAACUCAGGACCUUGCACUUGCAAGGCAGGUGACAGAACCACUGAGCUAAAUUCCCAGCCCAGUUCUUCAAAUUUCUAAGAAGGCCAGUAGACUUCACCCCAAGUGCCAGAGCUGCUAUGCUUGUACCACAUGAUCUAGAGGCAAAGAGCAGCCCUCCAUUUCCUGGCUAUCUUGCAUGUACACUGCCCAUCUGCCAGUGCUAAGGACAUGCCCCAUGCCCAAACUCAAGUGCUGCAUGUGGGCCAGUGUCUUGUCCUGUUGUGUUACAUCUUUGCAGGGCCAGCAGCACCAACUGAGCCAACAAGGAGAGGUGUUGGCAGGCAUACAAGGCCUCUGGAGGAACUAAGCUGUCACGGCAGGCAAGUAGGCUUCUCCCAGUCUCCUUUACCUUCCACCUCCUAGAAAGCUCACGAGGAAGUGCCUUGGCUUAUGCUUUGAAGCAAACGGGCCAGCUUUUGGCUUUGCCCCAAAACUGUGAUCAAAAGCGACAGAAUUGGAAUUUUUAAGAGACGAAAGUAUUAAGAGACUGUAAAAAGCUAAAAAGAUCAAAUUUCUACUUCUGGAUGGAAAGUGAAGCCACUUUGAGGUGAUAAGGUUGGGCACAGUAAGUUUUCCCCAUCUCCUCCUCCUCCCUUGGGCCCCUGGUCUAUUAAGUUUGGUGAAAACUUUGGGAAAGAUGUGGCAGAAGUGGAUGGGGGAAUGGCGGUGAGAUGAACAUGCUCCAUCUUGCUAACCUGCUGGUAUGUAACUCAAGUUCCCAGGAGGGCCUGCUUUGCUUCCAACUGAAGGUCACACACAAAGGGUCUUGGAGCUGUCCCAUUAUCUUCAGCUGGGCAGGACAGUAAUCAAGCCUCCAAAUUAAGACUGCUGAGGCAGCAGAUCAGCUCUCAAAUCAGACACAGAGAUGUAGGAACUGAUGUCACCCACAUCCGAUGGGGACCUGGUGCAGCUGUCUCCACACUUCAAUGAUGGAAAUACCAACAGGUUGGACCCUAAGCCAUGGGGGGGUCCGUCACCUGCAAUACAGGACCCCAGGGAGCCUCUGCCAGGCUGUCUUGACACUGGAUAGUUGGAGCUACAGUUUGGACUGAGAUAAAUGCCACCCUAUAGGUUGCAGUGAGAAAAAGCAUAGUCUUGUGCUGAACUCAUAGUUGUUAUUUUCUAAAAAGCUAUUUUAUUAUUGCAUGUCUUGUGUCUGUGAAUGUCUGUCCCGAACCCAUGAGCUGAGUCGUCAUAGUGGCUAAAGCCAGAGUACGACUGACAUGUGUGACAGUAUCUCACAGGUGUGACUGCACAGGAGUUUAUAGAGUAAAUGCCAAACAGUAUGAGGAGUGUACUUUUUAAGAAAUUUAUUUAUUUGAGUUUAGAUAUUUUUGAAAUAUAAAAAUUGGUUAUUUUUUAAAGCUAUGAUUCUUGUAGACAUUGUGGUUAAAAAUGAGUGUGCUUAUUAAAAAUGGUCAUGUAUGGUUUGCAUCUCAGCUAUAUGAAAAAUAAAAAUUCUCUGGGAAGGUGA